AAUGAAGCAGCCAUGCUGGGAAAAUUGUCUCGGGAAAUCGAUUCGGGGCGUGUAUUUGCGACGAGCAACGGGGGUGGCCUCUGCCCUCGGAUGAGAGCUCUCGCAGCAUUGGCCGAGGGCAUCUCCUAUAAAAGCACCCCCGUCGGUCCCCGGGGACAGAGCGAAAUGCAAUCGACAAGGAUGCAGGCGGACAGCAGCAGCAACUCUUUCAAGAUGCAGAACUAUGGGGGCCUGUACGAGGGUCAGGGGGACGAAGACGACUUGCCCUCCUGCGCCUACGCCGGACGCUCCUCCAUGCAGCACUACCUCUCGCUGGCAGAUGAGCAAGGAGAGGCCCUUUUGGUUGGAAAUGGGGAUGACGUGCCCUCCGGAGGGAUGAACCUCGGCGCGUCCUCAGCGGCCGGCUCCAGCAGCAGUUACUACCACCAGCAGGGUGCGUGUUCCAGCGGAGGCGGCGGCCCUGGAGGCGGCAGUCCGUACCGAGUGCAGCGCCACGCAGCCAACAUCAGGGAAAGGAAAAGAAUGCUGAGGUCGGCACCUACCCUCGGCCCCAAGGAUACCGUAAAGAUCAGCAUCAACUCUGCCUUUGAUGAACUUCGAGUCCACGUCCCUACUUUCCCCUACGAAAAGCGUCUGUCCAAAAUCGACACCCUGCGUCUGGCCAUCGCCUACAUCGCCCUGCUCAGGGAGGUCCUGCUCACCGACUACGACCCGCUGACCUACGUGGAGAAGUGCCUCCGUGGUGAAAUCAAACCGGAGCGGGCAGAGUGGAAUACAAGCGAUCUCACCGCACGACUUUCCUGGAUCAACUGGGAGAAUCUGGGUGUCAAUCCCGGCCGCAGGGGCGUUUUGACCAAUCUGACAUUGACUGCCGACAACAUGAGCGGUUAAAAUAUUACCGCAAUUUUCCCCAUGGAUGUGGUGGAUAUUAAGGAAAACUGUGAUAGAUUCAAUACUAGUCCUUGUUGUUUUUGAUGUGGUUGUGAAAAAUGUGGCGUGAAUAAAAAACGAAU